UCACCUCAGCUUUUAUUAAAAUUUACAAGGGUUAUUUACAGCUUUUCUUCGAUUCCUCAGGGUUUCUGAGGAUUUAAAUUUCUGUGAUUCCUCAGGUUUACCUGUAUUUUUUGAAAAUGUUUUCAAAAAAUUAUUGGAACUUGGUACUUCAACUGAUUUUUCGAGGCGAUAAUUUUUUUUCUAUCUACAAUUUCCUGACGUAGGUUGAUUUCGACUCAUGUGGUAAUGAAAAAGAAGUAUUUAUGAAGAGAUUUACCAGAAUUUGAGCCACACAUCCGAGUGAAAUGAAGGUAAAAUGAUGAUUGGACUAUACUGGGUGUUCUCGGCGUGCGCACUGAUUAUCCAGGCAAACGGCGUCGACGCCCCACCGCUUCCAUUUCUCUGACAUGUGUGUUUCCAUGCAGUUGCGUGGUUUUUCGCCUUUACACCCGAUACGUGACCCCAUCCCAACAACCGGCGAGUCUUGCGAGUCUUGCCCGUCUUGCCCGUCUUGCCGGUGUGCUACAGGCCACAGUCACUCCCGAGGCACACGUUACGACGGACAUCGCUGUCUCUAUCCGUAUCUACUUAAAAUAAAACCUCACCAAGUGUGUGUUUUUGUUUUGUGGGAGAAGCCCACCAACACAACACAACCCGACCCAACCCAACCCAACUCAACUCAACUUAGAACCCCAAUUAAGUGUUGGUUCAAAAAUUCAGACUUUCAUAAGUGCCACCACCAGCAAUGGCUGAGCUACUCUCUAAGAAAUCCUCAAAUGUAGUAAGUACAAAAAACGAUGUUUGCAGUGUCAAAUCUAACAAUGGUUUGAUAGAUCUCGAUAUAACCCCAAGUAACAAUCAGCUAUUAAACCUGUGUGACGACGAGGAUGACUUAAUACUAACGAACAAUACAAAAAAUGAGCUCACCCCUGAGGAUAAAAGUCUCCAAGAGCUUAUCGAGAGUGAGUUAGCCCUUAGAAUAUGCUCAGAACCUUCCCCUGAAGUUGAGAUGCUGGCUACUGAAGAUGAUCAUCACCAGCCGUCAAUCUCGAUUAAAAAGAUCGUCAUUGAACCUCGCCAGGAUUUGCUAGACAUCAACGCAGAGUUCAUAGGUGCAGAAAUUGAUCAUUACAACAUUGUAGAGGACCCCUACACCUACAGAAAUGGUCAUACUAGCCCCAUUAUCACUGAUUCUCAUUCACCCGAGUCAAAAGAGCCGCUGGACCUAAUUGAUGCUGAUUUGGAUCAAGUAUACACUGAUAAUCUCCGAGGAGCAACAAUAAGAUCAAGUGGCAGCGCCACAGAAUCACUCCUUGACCUAGAAAAUUAUGGAGAUCUUAUUCAGAAUUGUCAAACAGAACAGUCAGUAACUGCUGAUCCGUUUGAAAUGCCACCUGAAGUGACAAAUGAUUUGGAUCAAGAUCUUAAUCCCAUCGACUUUGACAAAACUCAACCGUAUGAGUUGGAAUCUGAAGUUGAUAAUGGAAAACCUCAUCAUGUAGACCCUGAGGAGGAUGAACUUGGUCUUGGGGAGCUUGUUAGCGAAGUUUAUCAGCCGGAUGAGAGGAAAAAGAGUGCAAGAGACAUGUGGAUGGAUGAAAUAGACCGAGUCGAUCAGGUUCACCACAUCUCCGAUAAUCUUGCACUUCACCCCAGUAGUGAAAUUACAUAUGAAUAUUCAUACGGUUUAUCACCUGGGUUUGAAACAAUUAGUGCCCCCGAAGAACCGCAGACGGACGAUUAUGAAGAACAUUGUCAAGAAAAUAUAGAGAAUAAUGUGGAUAUUCUUGAGUUUGAAACUGAAGUAUUAGAACCUGGAGAAUUGCUGGGGAAAACGUCAGGUAUUUCGAAAGAUGCUGGUGUUUUUGGUCCUUUGAUGACAGGGGAGAGAGAUCCGGUUAUGGUGGAUGAUCAAUUCUCUAACGAAGAGAUCAAAGAGACCAAGAUUGAUGAACAAGAUUUUCAUAUCGGUGAGGUUGACGAGGUUGAAAAGAAAAAUGAAAUCACAGCGGAUAUAAGCCCCUCCCAGGAUGAUGUAGGAAGCUAUAUUAUCAAUCCUUCCAAACAAUUUAAUGAAGAGGUCCUCUGUAGAACCACAACCGACCCAAUUUUAUUAGAAGAACGGACGGACAAGAGCCAAAUCGUUGAGGAAAAUGAAGUGUUUGCUCGAAGCGAAGAAUUGGCAGAGACUGACAAAGCUAAUCCGACUAAAAAAGAUAGUGUGCCUGAGAAAUGCUUAAGUUCACCCUCGGUGGCUCCCUUAGCAACUCCAGACGACGAGAGCAGCGAUUUGUCUAAUUCGUGUGAUAGCGAGAAUCAUGAAGAGGUGAUAACAACAAGUACAGUAACCUCGUCCACUUCCAAAAGCAUUACGAAGACCAAAAAAAAGAAGAUCGAGGGGAGUAGCAACGAUGCAUUGCAAAUCAGCACUCCAAAGACAAAGAAGACUAAAAAGAGCAAGAAGAAUGACCUUGAGAAAGAAAAUAUUUCAGUGAAUGUUAAUGCCGAAGAAAAAAGCAUGCAUAGCAAUCAGCGAGUCCAGCACUAUCCGGAAGAGUUCUCUGACGAAGACGAUCUGUCUAACGUCAAUGUCAAAUCCCUGACACAGUGUUAUGUGUCGGAGACGAGUAAGAACGAGAACGAAAAGUCGAACAAGGAAGUAAUCGAGACCGGAGUGUCCAUCAAACAGUUGUGCCGAAGCUUUGGUGACAUAUCGAAUGCAAAUGAGGCAGAUUAUGGAACGACAGGACAUGGAAAACAGAGUAUGGAGACACAGGAGAAAGCUAAAUCAAUGGAUGACCUUAGAGUCUAUGACAGAUCGAGGAAAUUUGCUAAAGACGCGUCGGUCUUUGCUAGAGUAUCGGUCACAGCUCUCAGGGCAUCCUACUGUAGCUUGGCAAAUUUAACGAGAAGCAUUGAGCAGGAAUCGAGAUCACGUCCGAAGUUCCUUGGAGUCGAGAAAUCGAGUUUCAAUAAAUUCGACGCCCUGACCAAGAAGAACGUCCUUCACGUGCGUUCGGUGGAUGCUUCAAAAGUCCAUCAGCAGUUGAACUCAGUGGGCCAAAAUGGCGAUGCGAAUCCCAACUGCCGCAGCUGUGGCAAGGUCGUAUUCCAAAUGGAACAGACGAAGGCCGAGGGACUGGUGUGGCACAAAAACUGCUUCCGAUGUGUACAGUGCAGUAAGCAGCUGAAUGUCGACAAUUACGAGAGCAACGAGUGUAUCCUCUACUGCAAAGCGCACUUCAAGGAGCUGUUUCAACCCAAACCGGUUGAAGAAUCGGAUCAACCUGUGAGACCGAGAAAACCAGAGAUGAUCAUACGUGAGAACCAGCCAAAAGAGUUGCCACCCGAUGUGGUCAGAGCAUCUGACAAGCCUGACCUUGGACUCGAGGAGCUGUCUUCGCUGAACGUUAAAUCACGCUUCCAGGUAUUUGAGAAGUCCGAAGCCGAGAAGAACGAGAUUGAACGAUCGCCCUCACAGGUCGCUGUUAAGAGGUCACCGAGUAUCCUCAGCAAGCUCGCUAAAUUCCAGGCAAAGGGAAUGGAUAUUGGCGUAGCUGACGAGUCAUUGAACGGUAUACCAUACGAGGAGACCAGCGAGAGUGAAGAGGAAGAGGAGGAAGAGGAAACUGAAGACUCUGAGAUAGUAAAAUCGAAACGUACAACUCGCGAGCGUCCAAUGAGCUUCAGCAAGAUGGACGAUAUGAAGAAUCGCUGGGAAGUCACAAGCCAGCAGGGAAGAAGGGAGUCACAACGAGAGGCUCGUAAAGAGGAGAUGGCUGGCAUUCGAUCAAGACUCUUCAUGGGCAAACAGGGCAAGAUGAAGGAGAUGUACCAGCAGGCAGUUGCAACAAGCGAAAAGGUCACAAAGAUUAAUCCCGCUGAAGAGAUUCAGAAUUCCACUCUUGCAAGAUCGAUUAAAGAGCGAUUCGAGAGGGGCGAACCUAUUAUUGUUGAUGAGGACGAGACGGACAAUAAACCAAAAGCAGAAAAACCAGAUGAGGAUGUCAUUGCUGCUGGUAUAAGCAGGAAAUCCCGCUCUCUAUUUUUGGAAUUGGAUGCUACUGCAGCUAAGACCGGACGACCUGUGACGCCUGUUAAUCCUAAAACACCUACUGAGACACCGAGACGUGCACGAGAUGCGUUCAUGGGACGACAGGUAUCAGACGAUGUGAUUCGAAGCACAGACACAACUGCAGAAAUUCAGGUGGAAACAUCUGACAUCACCAAUAAGUUUAAAUUUUUUGAAACAUACCGGGAGCCCGAAAAGAUGAGAAAACAGUUCCGAAUAACACCUCCGCGUGACGGACAGGUCAAGGUGAAUUCACCAGAACGCGAAAUUUAUCGUGAUCCUGACGUCGUCAGAGCAGACGAUAGAGUGGACGAAGUCGUUCAUACAGACACUGCACGAAAAAUGCUCUCUAUCUUCAGACAAAUGGAGGAAAAAGCGACUAAAGAAGACUUACCCGAUGGACCGAAGCCUCUGAAACGCUUUACUCCACCACCUGAAGACAAAUAUGCCAGGCCAACUGCAUCAGACUCUGAAGACGAAGAGGAAGAAGAAGGAGAGGAGUCUGGAAGUGAUGAGGAGAGAGAUCCCAAUUAUGUCAGGGCUUCCGAUAAGGUCGAAGAUGAAUUCUUAAAACAAGCUCAGAAUGCAGCAAAAGCAAAGACACUUCGCGCUAAGUUUGAGCAAUGGGAAACGACUGAUGGAAAAACAACGAGUCAUCAUGUUGCCGAGAUGGAUCUUGCUCAGACAGCAGAUGGUGAGCAACAGAGCAUAGAGUCUGCAAGAAGUCUCAGGGCCAGAUUUGAGUCUCUUGGAUCACAACCUGCUGAAGCACCACGCGCUGCCAAAGUCAAAGUCAACAGAUUUGUGGAAAUUCAAACUGCCUGUACUGAUGUCUGUGAAAGCUGCGAGAAGAAGGUUUAUCCAUUGGAGAAGGUGGAGACGAAUAACAAAAUAUUCCAUAAACAUUGCUUCCGAUGUUUACAGUGUAACUGUGUUUUGAGAAUGGAUACAUUUACCCUGAACAAUGGUAAACUCUACUGCAUUCCCCACUUCAAGCAACUCUUCAUAGCCCGUGGUAACUAUGACGAGGGCUUCGGCGUUGACCCCCACAAGAACAAGUGGUCAACGACCACCAAUUCAUCAACAACUGCCCCAACCACCAUCGUGGCUAACGGCGGGGCAACACCAGUGGCCAAUCAGGUCUGAUGUCGAUAUUAAUUCGUGCUCUCUAAUUUAAAAAAUUGAGUCACAAAUAAUACAGACACUGCGAUUUAUGUUGGCCAGAGAGUUGGGCAAACAGAGGAGUCAAGAUACAGAGUUAAAGCAAAUAUAGCAUCAAUCAAAAUUGCUCAAUUUGUUGAUCAGAUUCUAUGCGUGAAGACACUAAUUAUUCAACGGAGAAUAUUAUUUUCAUUCACAAUCAUUGAAUUCCUGAUGAAAAUUAAAUGUUUAAAUUUUUGUGUGGACUUGAAAGUGAUUUUCCGGAUCAAUUUGGGAUGUAUUUAACAAUCCAUUUUGAUUUGAUCAAGUGAAUGAUUUAUGUAUGAAACCUUACAACUAUUUAGAGAAAAUUUAUCAAAUAGUUGGGAAUUAUUUUUUUCGGAUGGGAUUUCCUUGAGCGGAAUACAAUUUUUUUUUUAACUUAAACACGAAAAUUUGGAAACGUUCAAAGAAACUAGUGAAUAUGAUAUUGCUAUCUGAAUUUUUCGUUUCACAAAUACUAUUAAUAUAUCAAUUAUGGAAAAAAAUACGCAGUGUGUUCCAAAUUACGCAAUCAAGUCUUCUAUAGGUUAUUUUGAAUUUAUUUAUGAUCUUUGAACGGUGAAUCCGUGCAAUUUGUAUUAUUAAUUGUCUUUUGGCUGUGCUUACUUAGUACGGCCGAUGCCUAUAUGACAAAAAUUUCCGCAAUACGUAAUUGUUUUUUUAAUUAAAAGAAAAAUCAAUCAACUUGCUACGAAAUAUUCAUUGAGUGGAUAUUCUCGUCUAAUUUAAUGGAAAACAUGCCAUGAAUUUGAUGAAACUUUAAGUGAUUAGUUGUCUUCUAUUUGUUUGUUGUUUUCCGCAGAUAAAUUAAAAUGAUAUAAUCGUCAUUGUUUUUCGUCCUGAAAUUGUAAACAGCAACGAUGUGAGACGACAUAUUUUAAUGAACUUGGCCUCACUAUGAGACUGCUCACUAUAAAAAAAGUCUCCAUGAUUUCGAUUACUGAAUACCACAUAAUGAAUUAUUUAAGUCUUAUUAAAGAGAUUUUUUUUCAAUCCCGUUAGGAGUAAUUUUUUUCCUCGACUGAUUCGGAGGGACAACUUAUAUGUAUUAUUCGUAUUUUUAAUUUCUUUGUUCAUUUUUUAUACGUUGUACUAUAUAUUUUCAUUUAUGCUCGUUUUUAUCCUUAUUGCAAAGAAAUUUCUAAGAGAAAAAAAGUGUGUUAGCCUCAUCAAUGUCAAUACAAUAUUUAAUUCUUUUAAA